GAGCAACCCCAAAAGAAUGGACGAAUCCGAGCCAAUGGACGAGACACCCGCCGUUGCGGAGCCGAGCCGCGUCCGUGGAGCAGCCUCCACAAACAAGAACUUGCCAUGGGUUGAAAAGUACCGCCCAUCGUCGCUGGACGAGCUCAUUUCACACAAGGACAUCAUUUCGACGAUUGAUCGAUUCAUCACCGAAGAUCGCGUGCCACAUCUCUUGUUCUAUGGCCCGCCUGGUACCGGCAAAACGUCAACGAUUCUGGCUUGCGCCAAAAAGAUGUAUGGCAAUCGAAUGCAAUCCAUGGUCCUUGAGCUCAACGCUUCAGAUGAUCGAGGCAUUGGGGUCGUUCGCGAGCAAAUCAAGGAGUUCGCUAGUACACGAACCAUCACAAGCUCUGGUGGCACAAAGCUCGUCAUUCUUGAUGAAGCAGAUGCCAUGACAUCAGAUGCACAAGCCGCUCUACGAAGAGUCAUUGAAAAGUACACGCGAAACACACGUUUCUGCCUCAUUUGCAAUUACGUGAGCAAAAUCACGCCCGCAAUUCAGUCCCGUUGCACCCGGUUUCGCUUUGCUCCGCUCUCGAGCGAGCAAAUGCUGGAUCGCUUGAAUUUUGUCAUUGAAAGCGAGCGCGUCAACGUGACUGACGACGGCAAGGCUGCACUCAUGCGUCUGGCUCAAGGCGAUAUGCGCAAGGUGUUGAACAUUUUGCAGUCGACUGCUAUGGCCUUUGAUACUGUCGACGAAACGAGCGUCUACACGUGCACUGGCUUCCCGUUGCCUGCCGACAUUGAGACAAUCGUGCAGUGGCUGUUGAACGAGCCGUUCACAUCCGCGAUGGCCAACAUUGGUGAGCUCAAGCUCCAGAAAGGACUCGCGCUUCAGGACAUUCUUCGCGAAGUGCACGAGUUUAUGGCGCGCAUCGAAUUCCCCGCCAAUGUGCGCAUCUACUUGCUGAAGCAGCUUGCCGACAUUGAGUACCGAUUAUCUGCUGGCACCAAUGAGCGCAUUCAACUGGGCUCGCUUGUUGCCGUAUUCAACACUGGCAGGGACAUGGGCACCACCGCCUAAACCUUCUCGUUUUCAAUUGCGGCGAUUUCCACCUGCGAUCUCCUGUUUUUAUGACACUCUAUUCAAUACACUCUUACGCAUCGGGUCG